AUGAUCGCAAAAACGGUGAUAUGCAUAUCAGCGGCACUUCUUACUACAGCUGCCCCGUCGGCCCACACAGUUAUCCCAGUUCCUGCUGUUCUGUAUGCCGCACCUGCAGGCGAUCCUGGAGAGGUAGCUAAUAUACCAAGUGAAUCUUCAGGAGAUUUUAGUCGUACAUCACCAAGACCCAUUAGUACCAGCACCCCCAGACUCUUUAACCAAUUAUCCCAAGUGAAUCUCAGUGAUGCCGUUAAAGCUGGGACCAGUGGUACAACUCCUUCAAACACAGAAAGAGCAGAAAGCGCAUUUAAUUCCUUAAGAAGUAGCGAGAAAUCAAAAGGUUUGCCUACUGAUGCAGACAGCCUCCUGACAAGUUCUGCAGGAGUCCUCAUAGAAUCAGCAGGCUCACAUGGAAUUAUUCAAAGUUCAACUAGCAUAGUUCCAGAACCUUUCAAAGGCAGCACAGAAAGUUUUGAAGGUUUUUCAGUAGGUUUUGGAAGUUCCACAGAAACUGCCUCUACAGGAGGUUUAGGAGGCUCUACAGCAGGCUUCGGGGGCUCAACAGGAACCUCCUCCACAGGAGGUUUAGGAGAUUCUACAACCGGCUUCGGGGGCUCAACAGGAACCUCCUCCACAGGAGGUUUUGGAGGCUCUACAGCAGGCUUCGGGGGCUCAACAGGGACCUCCUCCACAGGAGCAACAGGAACCUCCUCCACAGGAGAUUUAGGAGGCUCUACAGCUGGCUUUGGAGGCUCAACAGGAACCUCCUCCACAGGAGGAACCUCCUCCACAGGAGGUUUAGGAGGCUCUACAACCAGCUUCGGAGGCUCAACAGGAACCUCCUCCACAGGAGGUUUUGGAGGCUCUACAGCAGGCUUCGGGGGAACCUCCUCCACAGGAGAUUUAGGAGGCUCUACAGCUGGCUUUGGAGGCUCAACAGGAACCUCCUCCACAGGAGGAACCUCCUCCACAGGAGGUUUUGGAGGCUCUACAGCUGGCUUCCAUGGCUCAACAGGAACCUCUUCCACAGGAGGUUUUGGAGGCUCUACAACCGGCUUCCAUGGCUCAACAGGGACCUCCUCCACAGGAGGUUUUGGAGGCUCUACAACUGGCUUCGGGGGCUCAACAGGGACCUCCUCCACAGGAGGUUUUGGAGGCUCUACAACUGGCUUCGGGGGCUCAACAGGGACCUCCUCCACAGGAGGUUUUGGAGGCUCUACAACUGGCUUCGGGGGCUCAACAGGGACCUCCUCCACAGGAGGUUUUGGAGGCUCUACAACUGGCUUCGGGGGCUCAACAGGGACCUCCUCCACAGGAGGUUUUGGAGGCUCUACAACUGGCUUCGGGGGCUCAACAGGGACCUCCUCCACAGGAGGUUUUGGAGGCUCUACAACCGGCUUUGGGGACUCAACAGGAACCUCCUCCACAGGAGGUUUUGGAGGCUCUACAACCGGCUUCCAUGGCUCAACAGGAACCUCCUCCACAGGAGGUUUAGGAGGCUCUACAACCGGCUUCGGAGGCUCAACAGGAACCUCUUCCACAGGAGGUUUAGGAGGCUCUACAACUGGCUUCCAUGGCUCAACAGGAACCUCCUCCACAGGAGGAACCUCCUCCACAGGAGAUUUAGGAGGCUCUACAACUGGCUUUGGAGGCUCAACAGGAACCUCCUCCACAGGAGGUUUUGGAGGCUCUACUACCGGCUUCGGGGGCUCAACAGGAACCUCCUCCACAGGAGGUUUAGGAGGCUCUACAACUGGCUUUGGGGACUCAACAGGAACCUCCUCCACAGGAGGUUUUGGAGGCUCUACUACCAGCUUCGGGGGCUCAACAGGAACCUCCUCCACAGGAGGUUUAGGAGGCUCUACAGCUGGCUUCGGGGGCUCAACAGGAACCUCCUCCACAGGAGGUUUAGGAGGCUCUACAAUUGGCUUCGGAGGCUCAACAGGAACCUCCUCCACAGGAGGUUUUGGAGGCUCUACAACCGGCUUUGGGGACUCAACGGGAACCUCCUCCACAGAAGGUUUAGGAGGCUCUACAACCGGCUUCGGGGGCUCAACAGGAACCUCCUCCACAGGAGGUUUUGGAGGCUCUACAACCGGCUUCGGAGGAACCUCCUCCACAGGAGGUUUAGGAGGCUCUACAACCGGCUUCGGGGGCUCAACAGGAACCUCUUCCACAGGAGGUUUAGGAGGCUCUACAACUGGCUUCCAUGGCUCAACAGGAACCUCUUCCACAGGAGGUUUUGGAGGCUCUACAACCGGCUUCGGAGGCUCAACAGGAACCUCCUCCACAGGAGGUUUAGGAGGCUCUACAACUGGCUUCCAUGGCUCAACAGGAACCUCUUCCACAGGAGGUUUUGGAGGCUCUACAACCGGCUUCGGAGGCUCAACAGGAACCUCCUCCACAGGAGGUUUAGGAGGCUCUACAACUGGCUUCCAUGGCUCAACAGGAACCUCUUCCACAGGAGGUUUAGGAGGCUCUACAACCGGCUUCGGGGGCUCAACAGGAACCUCUUCCACAGGAGGUUUUGGAGGCUCUACAACUGGCUUCGGGGGCUCAACAGGAACCUCUUCCACAGGAGGUUUAGGAGGCUCUACAACUGGCUUCGGGGGCUCAACAGGAACCUCCUCCACAGGAGGUUUAGGAGGCUCUACAACCGGCUUCGGAGGCUCAACAGGAACCUCCUCCACAGGAGGAUUUGGAAGCUCUACAGAGGGCCAUGGGGCCUCCUCAGGAAUUUCAUCUGAAGGCGGUUAUGGAGGCUCUACCUCCACAGGAGGUUUAGGAGGCUCUACAACUGGCUUCGGAGGUUCAACAGGAACCUCCUCCACAGGAGGUUUAGAAGGCUCUACAACCGGCUUCGGGGGCUCAACAGGAACCUCCUCCACAGGAGGUUUUGGAGGCUCUACAACCGGCUUCCAUGGCUCAACAGGAACCUCCUCCACAGGAGGAACCUCCUCCACAGGAGAUUUAGGAGGCUCUACAGCUGGCUUCGGAGGCUCAACAGGAACCUCCUCCACAGGAGGUUUUGGAGGCUCUACAACCGGCUUCGGAGGAACCUCCUCCACAGGAGGUUUAGGAGGCUCUACAACCGGCUUCGGAGGCUCAACAGGAACCUCCUCCACAGGAGGUUUUGGAGGCUCUACAACCGGCUUCGGAGGAACCUCCUCCACAGGAGGUUUUGGAGGCUCUACAACCGGCUUCGGAGGCUCAACAGGAACCUCCUCCACAGGAGGUUUUGGAGGCUCUACAACCGGCUUCGGGGACUCAACAGGAACCUCCUCCACAGGAGGAACCUCCUCCACAGGAGGUUUUGGAGGCUCUACAACCGGCUUCGGGGGCUCAACAGGAACCUCCUCCACAGGAGGUUUAGGAGGCUCUACAAUUGGCUUCCAUGGCUCAACAGGAACCUCCUCCUCAGGAGGUUUAGGAGGCUCUACAGCUGGCUUCGGAGGCUCAACAGGAACCUCCUCCACAGGAGGUUUUGGAGGCUCUACAACCGGCUUUGGGGACUCAACAGGAACCUCCUCCACAGGAGGUUUUGGAGGCUCUACUACCGGCUUCGGGGGCUCAACAGGAACCUCCUCCACAGGAGGUUUUGGAGGCUCUACAACCGGCUUCGGGGGCUCAACAGGAACCUCCUCCACAGGAGGUUUUGGAGGCUCUACAACCGGCUUCGGGGGCUCAACAGGAACCUCCUCCACAGGAGAUUUUGGAGGCUCUACAACCGGCUUCGGGGGCUCAACAGGAACCUCCUCCACAGGAGGGUUAGGAGGCUCUACAGAAGGCCUCGGGGGCUCUUCAGGAACCUCUUCAGGUUUUGUAGGCUCUACAACAGGCUCAAACGGCUCCUCAGGAACCUCCUCCACGGAAGACUUUGGAGGCUCUACAGAAAGCUUCGGGGGUUACGGAGCCUCUGCACCAGGCUCUAAGGGUUCCUCACGAGCCACUUCCACAGGUUUUGGAGGCUCUACAUCAGGCAUCGUGGGCUCCUCAGGAACCACCUCCACGGGAGGCUUUGGAGGUUCUGGAACAGGACUUGGGGACCCCUCAGCAAUCUCCUCUAUAGGGUUUGGAAGCUCAGCAGAAGACCUUGGAGGCACCUUUACUAUCUCUUCAGGCGCUGAAAACUCAAUAGAAACCACUGCAGGCAGUUUUGGAAUUUCUGCAAAAGACCGAGGGGGGGCCACAGGAACGCCCUCCCCUGUCGGCUCAUCAAGAAGCUCCUCUACAUCAGGCCCCAGUGGUUCCUCGGGGACCUUCUCUGCAGGAGACUUUCAAAGUUCCAAAGGAGGACUUGGAGGCUCGCUUAAAACUGACUCUACAGGAGGCUAUGGAGGCUCCUCAGGAGGAUCACCUACAGAAAAUUUUGGAGAUUCUACACCAGGCCUUGAAGGCUCGGGAAAAUUCUCCACAGGAAGCUUUGAAAGUUCUACAGGAGGAUUUGGAAGCUUUACAGCGGGCAGCAAAGCCUCUCAAGGAACCUCUUCCACUGGAGGUUUUGCAAGUUCUCCGUCAGGCGUUGGAGUCUCCUCUGGAACCUCUUCACCAGAAAACUUUGUAGGCUCUACAACAGGCCAUGAGGCAUUACUUAAAGGGCAUGCAAGAGGGCGUACAGACAUAGCAGGAGAACUUGCAAGUCUUGGAGGUCUUGGGGGUUCAUCAAGAGGACUUUCAGGUUCAUUACAAGGACAUAGAGGUUCAACAGGACAUGGAGGUUUAACAGGACUUGGAGGAUUAGCAGGUUCAUCAGGACGGUUUGGAAGCUCAGCAGAAGACCUUGGAGGCACCUUUACUAUCUCUUCAGGCGCUGAAAACUCAAUAGAAACCACUGCAGGCAGUUUUGGAAUUUCUGCAAAAGACCGAGGGGGGGCCACAGGAACGCCCUCCCCUGUCGGCUCAUCAAGAAGCUCCUCUACAUCAGGCCCCAGUGGUUCCUCGGGGACCUUCUCUGCAGGAGACUUUCAAAGUUCCAAAGGAGGACUUGGAGGCUCGCUAAAGACUGACUCUACAGGAGGCUAUGGAGGCUCCUCAGGAGGAUCACCUACAGAAAAUUUUGGAGAUUCUACACCAGGCCUUGAAGGCUCGGGAAAAUUCUCCACAGGAAGCUUUGAAAGUUCUACAGGAGGAUUUGGAAGCUUUACAGCGGGCAGCAAAGCCUCUCAAGGAACCUCUUCCACUGGAGGUUUUGCAAGUUCUCCGUCAGGCGUUGGAGUCUCCUCUGGAACCUCUUCACCAGAAAACUUUGUAGGCUCUACAACAGGCCAUGAGGCAUUACUUAAAGGGCAUGCAAGAGGGCGUACAGACAUAGCAGGAGAACUGCAAGUCUUGGAGGUCUUGGGGUUCAUCAAGAGGACUUUCAGGUCAUUACAAGGACCUAGAGGUUCAACAGAAGGGGGGGGGGGGGGGCAGAGGACUUUCAGGCUCAACAGGCAGCUUUGGAGGCUCAGCAGGUGGACUCAAGGGCACAUCACACCAUGGAGAUUUCCAACCAACAUACGACUGAAUGCUGUUGACUCAGUAGAUAUAUCUCCUCAAAGAUAUUGUGAACUUAUACAGUAA